AUGGGAAACGGUUCGAACCGAACCGCCUCGCAACCGUUUAUCUUAUCCACGUUGUUUUGUCUGCUUGUGAGCAUCUAUGUGCAUCUCUUGAGUAACUUCUGCGAAAAACCAAAGUUGCAGACUUUACUCAUGCUAACUUCCCUCUUCCUCUCGGCCCGAGCUUUACCAUCGUCACUGAUCACUUACUCUUCCUUAAACCCCAAUCAAAACCCUUCAAAUGCCGCCAAAACCCCCCGAUUUGAUCAAUUUAGGGAAAAACCAGGAUUCUCUGAUGCUGCGAUUAAGGUUCCGACUGCUCCAUGGAUGAAAGGUUCUCUCUUGCUUCGACCCGAUGAGGUUAUCGACACUUCAUAUCAUCACGAGACGAGGAACAAAGGGCAUAAUGCUGAGGAGAAGACGUUCAAGGCGUUGAACCGUAGAGAGAGCGGUGUCAGGGGAAGUAAAGCGAUGAAGAAAAUCGUCCGUAAGGUUGAAAAGCUCGACGAAAACAGCGAUUCGGAAGAAACCCAGAUGGAUAAUCCAGGCGAAUUCAAGCCCUUAGGUCGAAUUGCGGAGAAAUCCGAGCCGGGGAAGAGGUUUGGCGGGAAAAUGCCUUGGGAUAGAGAUGAAGAGAGCUUCAUAUUGCGGAGGACGAAGAAGGAGAGAGUCCCGACGACGGCUGAUCUUAUCCUCGACGAAGCAUUGCUGAAUAGACUGAGGCGUGAAGCUUCGAAGAUGAGAAAAUGGGUGAACGUGAGAAAAGCAGGAGUUACAGAGACAGUUGUGGACGAUAUUAGAUCGAUCUGGAAUCGGAACGAGCUUGCUAUGGUGAGAUUUGAUGUUCCUCUUUGUCGAAACAUGGAGCGAGCUCAAGAGAUCAUAGAGGUGAAGACUGGAGGCUUGGUUGUGUUAAGCAAGAAGGAGUUUAUCGUUGUUUAUCGAGGACCACCGAGAAAAUCAUCAGAGCAAACCAACUCGGUAUGGGUCAAGGGACAAGAUGCCAUUAGCUCGUCACUGUACGAGAGAGAAGCUGAUAGGUUAUUGAAUGGCUUGGGACCUCGAUAUAUGGAUUGGUGGCAGAGAAGACCGUUUCCGGUUGACGCUGACUUGCUUCCUGAAGUGGUUGAUGGAUAUAGAACUCCAUCUAGACGUUGUCCACCAAACACUAGAGCAAAGCUGAGCGACGAAGAGCUUACCUACCUGAGGAACAUUGCUCAAGCUUUACCAUUUCAUUUCGUCCUCGGGAGGAACCAUGGGCUUCAAGGUUUAGCUUCUGCUAUUGUGAAACUAUGGGAGAAAUGUGUUAUAGCAAAGAUUGCAAUCAAGUGGGGAGCUAUCAAUACAAACAAUGAGGAAAUGGCAGAUGAAUUGAAGCAUCUCACCGGAGGAGUUCUGAUACUACGCAACAGAUACUUGAUAAUACUGUACAGAGGCAAGGACUUCCUUACUGAUGAAGUUGCGGAUUUGGUUGAUGACAGAGAGAAAUUACUCAGAAGAUACCAACAUUUUGAAGAAAGUACACGCGAGAGCGAUAUAGAGAUCUCGGAGGUGGUAACAAAUGGUAAACAGUUGGAGGAAACAAGCAAAACCGGAACUUUAUUAGAGUUUCAAGAACUUCAGAGAAAAUUCGGUGAAAUGAAGAUGAGAAACCUGGAGACUGAAGCUGAGAAAGCAAAACUAGAAAAGGAACUCAAAAGCCAAGAACGCAAGCUUUCCAUUCUAAAUUCAAAGAUAGAGAAAUCAAGAAUAGAGUUGUUCAAAUUGAAUUCUUUAUGUAAAACAUCUGAGCGAGACGAUGACAUCGAAAUAUUGACUAGUGAAGAAAGAGAAUGCUUGAGAAAAAUAGGGCUGAAGAUGAACAGCAGCUUGGUUCUUGGUAGAAGAGGAGUCUUUGAUGGUGUGAUGGAAGGUCUGCAUCAGCAUUGGAAGCACAGGGAAGUUGCGAAAGUGAUCACCAUGCAGAAGAUUUUCUCGAGAGUUGUUUACACAGCAAAGUCACUUGAAGCAGAGAGCAAUGGAGUACUAAUCUCAAUUGAAAAACUAAAAGAAGGACACGCGAUACUCAUAUACCGUGGCAAGAACUACAAACGUCCUCCAAAACUUAUGGCACAGAAUCUUUUGACGAAAAGUAAAGCGUUACGAAGAUCAGUUUCCAUGCAGCGACUCGGCUCACUGAAGUUCUUUGCUUACCAGAGAGAAAGGGCCAUUGAAGAUCUGAAGGUGAGAUUGAAGGACUUUCAACUGAAGUCUAGAAAACCUUUACGAGUUGUCAAAAUAAUUUAG